AUGCCUCGUACCAGCUUCAGAGACUUCGAUCCGGAUAGACGAGAAAGAUUAGAAUCAGAAAAUGAUGUGGCAGUGAAUGAAAACGAAGCAUCGAAUCAGAUCUAUGCAGAUGAAGACGAGCUUGAGCUGGAUGAUAUGAUGGUCGAUAAUAUAGACACCAAUUCUAUGGAUGGUGAUGAGGAAGCAGAUGCCAAUCGUAUCAAUGACAUUGAGGAUAUGAUGUUGGACGAUGACCUUGGUGAUGUAGCUGAAGAAAUGGACAUGGGAGACGAUGACCAGAUUGAUUAUCCAGUGGACGAAUUACUUGAAUUUGGUGAUUCAGGUGACGUCGAAGAGGCAGCUUCCGAAAUGAGACAAAUGCUUAGAGAUGCUUCAACUCCAGCCCUUCUUCAUGUUGCUUCAGCUUGUGUGUCACGCUAUUCAAAUCUAGCAUUCAAACGGUCUUUGUUAUCCCUCGAUGAAUCGGUGGCCGAGUCUGCAAAUUCAAUAUGGACAUAUAAUAAAAACAAUUUUUCCACACAUCAUUUCUGCAACAAAUGUGGAAAAGUUGCACAAAAUUCUAAGAAAUGCAAAUAUUGUGGUGGUCCUGUUGCCUCCUUUGUCCGGGUUGGAGCGUUUACCCAAAUUGUAGAGCUCGUCGAAACUUACAUGGAUGACAUUCUGGAGCUACGGGAACAGCUGAAAAAUGAUCGAAAUCUUGAACAUAACCUGGCUAGUCCAUUUUUCUCUAGUUUCCGAGAAACUGAAUCUCCGAAUCGUCUUCGUCUGUCCUUGGUCGUAUCGAUUGACGGAGUGCGCAUUUCUGGAAAUAAGAAGAAGCUUUGGCCAGUCAGUUACAUCAUCGUUGAUCUGCCAACUGGACUGAUGCAGAAGUCUACAAACAUUGUACUAGGUGGAAUUGUAGAGUGUAGUGAAAAUCCAACUACAACUCUGUGGAAUGCACUUAUUCCGUUCAUACUAUCUGAUGUAGAAUCACAUUCUGGAAAAGUCAGAAAUACAUCAUUCACUUGCCACAUUCGAACAUGCUCAGCCGAUCAGCCCGCAAAGCGGGCUUUCUUUGGUUUCAUGGCACAUCAGUCGGCAGAGUCAUGUUUUUUUUGUAUGUCGCCAGGAACUUUGUACAAGUUUGGUGAUCGAAAACGCCGUGAGGAACGCCCAGGAUAUGAAACAAUCGUAGAUUCAGAGCAGGGUGUGCAUGGUUUUGGUCCAAUUCCAGCAAAAAUUGUUCCCCACGUUCUCCCAUACAAUACACCAAUUGAUAUUUUGCACAACUUGGGAGAGGGAAUCUAUACAUUCAUUAGAAAAGAGUUGUUGUUGUCCGAAUUCAAAAAGAUCAAGCCUAGAUCACCUCUUUUUUCGAACAAUAAUGGAGUCCUCAAAGAAGCAUUUCGAAAAGUUGUACUGCAUUCAAACUUUACAAACGUGGAAGCAUGUCGGAAUGGAACGGACAAGACUAAUUUCUUUCGAAUGGUCAUCUGCUUAGUUGCUCUGAGCUUCGACAUUCUUUCUCCUGAGGCCCGGGUUGUUAUUGUAGGACUAGGAAUGCUGGGAAAUGAGAUGUAUACGAACUCGAAAGCCUCUUGUUUGUUUGAGCAGCAAAUGGCAGCCGGUGCAGCAUGGUUUCUGUUCGAAGCUAACGUAGAGUAUCUUUCCAUCAAAGCUCAUGAAGUACUUUUUCAUCUGCCAGAAAUUAAUGAGUUGUUCGGUAAUACUGGAUCACUCUCAACAUUUUCAUUCGAAAGCUUUUAUCAAUUUGCUCUUUGUGGAUACAGUAGCCGUACGACCCGCAGUUUUGUUCAGAACGCGUCGACUAAGGUACUACUUCAUACAAGCAUCAGACGGGAAAUCGCAUUUCGAGUAAUCAACGAACCCACCACAGCUCUGCAAAAGUUUGUGGCAUUGACGCCGGAUAUUGUACCAGUUAGAUCUACAUGGAAGAAUGAAAUCAAGAAUUUGACACCUGACGAUGCGACAAAAGCAGUACCCGGUUGUAAAUAUUAUUCGAAAUUGGCCACGGCGCUUGGAAAUUUGGAAUCCGAGUACUUUUCUUCCACCUCUCGUAGUGAUAUGUUUUUUGCUCAAUCGAAAAACGGAAAGUCGUGUUAUAGAUUUAUUGCUUUCAUGGUUAAGCAAGGCGUUUCGGCGAUUCUAGCAGAGCCUGUCGCGUCGGUUGAUGACGACGAGAAAUUUGGCAGUUUUGGAAAAGUGAAAGAUUUGCUGACAAGCAACGACUAUUAUUAUGCGAUGGAUGUCCACCGGCUUCUGAAAUCGUACGACGGAAUUCAGAACGGACGUCUUUCAGGAGAGCGGGUCGUAUUGCCAUUGGACGCUAUGACCGGAGUGGCUUGCUAUAUUCACACUGAUAAUUCUACUAUUUUUCUACAAGCUAAUGGAUCAUUCCUUCAUAAUUGA